AUGUCUCCACAGACACUGGAGCUGAUUGUGUGUGUGGUCGUCACAGGGUGUGUGUCAGGACGUGUGAAGGUGGUGGUGUCUCCGGACGUCACCGUCCUCAGAGGAGAGGACGCGGUCCUCGGCUGCUCCUUUACUGACCCCAGACAGCAGCGUUAUUAUUCAGGACAGAUCACAGUCCACUGGUCGGCCAAAAAACAAAAUGCUGCUCCAUUCCUCACCUGCUCAGGUAUAAAAGACUCCACUCCGGGAUUUACCAGCUGUUUAAUCCCUGAAUUCAGAUUUUCUCUCAAUGGAGACCCGCGGCGAGGAGACGUGUCCCUCCUGAUCAGGACCACACAGCUCGGCGAUGAGGGUUCAUAUUUCUGCACAGUGGAACUGAAAGACUCCACUUCCUACAAGAAGAUAGAGCUUCAGGUCAAAGCCCAGCCUCAGAUCCUCAGUCUUUCAGUGGUGGACGCUCACUCUUCUCCUGAUGGCGCCGCCCGGAGGCUGCGGUGUGAGGCGCAGGGAAACCCGAGGCCCAAAAUCGUGUGGCUCUCGUCCUCCAAACGAAUGAUGGAAAACCAGGGGGCGGAGUCGCAGUCGGGUCAGUACGGACUCGUCAGCUCUGUGCCGUAUCCCAAGGAGGGGGAGGAGCUAAUCUGCAGGGCGGAGAAUGCGCUGGGUGACGCAGAGAGGAUGUACCCACCCUGUCACAUGACCCUGAUGAUAACACUGGUGGUUUGUGGCGUCGUGGUGCUGCUGCUGCUCUCUACAGGAGGCAACGUGUACUGCAGGAGGAACAGAGCUGAAGGAAACUCUGCUGAUGUUUAUGAAAACACUGAAGCAGACAACGGAGAUAAUGAGACGUCGCUGGUUUAUUCAACUGUCACUCUGCCAAGCCCCGCCUCCUAUGUGCUGUACUCACCUGUGACUGUUCCACACUGA